UCCGUCCCGGUGCUCUUUGCUCUCGACAGCGCGGAAACUCGGUGUGGUGGACUUACUAUUACCGUCAUCCUGCUUUUCUGCAAACAGCGACCUUACCACAGUUCACGACCAUGGUCGUCCUCUCCGACCCCACCGCCGUCAAAGUCUACACAGUCAAUGGCGCCGCCACCGGGUCCUCCUCAUCCCUGCCCGACUGGCUGACACGCAAGCGCGCAGUCAAGGGCAAGGGAAAGCGUAGGGCCAUUCGAGAGGAAGUAGAAGGCACGAUCGACCUCAUACAGCACUUUGAGUUUCCCGAGGCGAGCAACAAGGUCAAGACGACGCGGGACGGGCACCACGCCAUCGCUACCGGGACUUACAAGCCGCAGAUUCGGGUGUGGGAUCUUGACCAGCUCUCGCUCAAGUUUGAGCGCCAUACAGACGCGGAGAACGUCGACUUUGUUAUGCUCUCGAAUGACUGGACCAAAUCUAUCCAUCUACAAUGCGACCGCUCCGUCGAGCUGCACACUCAAGGAGGCUUCCACUAUCGCACCCGCCUCCCGCGCUUCGGGCGCACGCUCGCGUACCACUUCCCCUCCUGCGACGCCCUCUUCGGCGCCUCGGGCCCCGAGGUCUUCCGCCUCAACCUCGACCAGGGCCGCUUCCUCAACCCGCUCCGCCUGGUCGGCGCAUCAGACGAUGGCUCGGGCACCGGCGAGGACGUCCUCGGCGUUAACUGCAUCGACAUCAACCCCGCACACCAGCUUUUCGCAUUCGGCGUGGACGGGAACGGGACGGUCGAGUUCUGGGAUCCGCGCUCGCGUUCUCGGGUGGGACUCCUCCGCCUCCCGCGCGAGCGCCUCCUUCCGCUGUCUGCUUCUGCUGUGCCUGCGCUGCCAGGGGUCGAUGACGGUCCUGGCGGAAAGUCAUUGUCGACGACUGCUAUUGCGUCGCGUGCAGAUGGGCUCUCGUAUGCAAUAGGCACUUCCUCGGGACACACCCUGCUAUAUGACAUUCGUGCCGCGCGGCCGGUUGCAAUGAAGGAUCAAGGGUAUGGCCUCCCAGUGAAGAAUGUGCUAUGGGUGGAGGGAGGCGCGAAGAUGGGCAUGGCGGGUGAAGGAAUGGUGCUCAGUGCCGACCGGAAGGUCGUUAAAAUUUGGGACCGGCAUGAGCCCGAGACGAACUUUACGUCCAUCACGCCCGCGUCGGACAUCAACGACGUGCACCAUGUUCCCGGCAGCGGGCUGCUGCUGCUCGCCAACGAGGGCAUCCACAUGACAUCGUACUUCAUUCCUCAGCUCGGGCCUGCACCCAAGUGGUGCUCGUUUCUCGAGAACCUCACGGAGGAGAUGGAGGACCAGACCGCGCGCACGGCGUACAAGGACUACAAGUUCGUCGAGCGCAGCGAGCUUGCCAGCCUCGGCCUGGACCACCUCAUCGGCACGCCGGCGCUCAAGCCAUACAUGCACGGCUACUUCAUCGCGCUGCCGCUGUACGACGCUGCGCGCGUCAUCGCGAAUCCGUACGUGCACGCAGAGGCGCGCGAGCGGGCGAUACGAGAGAAGGUGGAGAAGAUGGCCGAGACGCGUAUCCGUGCGCCGAAGAACGCAGGCGCACAGGUAAAGGUGAACAAGGCGCUCGCGGAGAAGAUCAAGCGGGAAGAGGAGAGAGAGCGGAAGAGAGAGGAGAGGAAGAAGAAGAGAAAGGCGGAGAAGGAGCAGGAGCAGGAGGCCGUCAUGGAUGUUGAUGAGGUGGUGGUGGUGGAGGAGGCAGACGAGGCGAAGGAGAGCGAGGACAAGACGGAAGAGGAGAAGGAGCGCCCGAACUUGUUGAACGAUCCACGGUUUAAGGCGCUGUUCGAGAACACUGAAUUCGAGGUGGACGAGGAUAGCAGAGAAUUUGCGUUGCUCAAUCCGAGCGCUGCGGCUCAUAGACAGAAUGGGACCAGCGCGAAGGACAAGAGACGGACAAGGACAGCGGUGGAGAGCGAGGAGAGCGCUAGCGAACGGGCCUCAAGUGACGAGGACAAGAGCGAGAGCGACGAGGAGAGUGAGGGAGACAGCAGUAGCGAAGACAGCGACACCAAAGGCGAGCUUUGGCAGGAUGACAUUCGUGCACGAAUGGCCGCUCGGAACAGCUCAUGCACAAAAGCGAGAGUGCCAUCAAAGCAACGCACGCCAAACGUGCAUCUCGUCCCGCUGCGCGCACGGGCUGACGGGUCCUCGUCGCGUGCUGUGGGCAGGGAUGCGACGUUCGGGCAGCGGCGCUCGACGCUCGGUUUCAAGGCAAACACGCGUCAGCCCGACGUACGGCGUGUUGUAGAUGGUGGUAUGGAGUUGACGUUCAUCCCGUCUUCAUCAAGGUCGUAUGAGGAGGAUGAGGAUGAGGAGAUAACCGGCGGUAGAGGGAAGAAGAGCAAGGAGGCUAAGCGGAAGGGCGUGGAGACGUUCGGUGCAGGACUACAGAGGGGCGGAGAGCCUGAGGACGCGCAGAAGGCGUUGAGUGAGAAUGAGCGGCAGGGGAGGACGCAGAGGAGGAAGGGUAUGCGGAGUGGGAGCAAAAAUACGUUUAGGAAGAGGUAGGGCUGGGAGUCUUCUCCGGGUUUGGUGCUGCUGGGAGUUUUAUUUUCCGCUAUGCAUGUUCAUGCACACAUUUCUUUGAAUCGGCCUUUUGGAGAGCAGAUCUUCAAGCACAGCUAUGGCUCUACGCAUGCUUCAGGUUGACGGUUGACUCGAGAAAUACGAGACACGACCACGUGAUUGCGACACGUCGAUGGCGCACUUAGCGCAAGCGUGCGCAGUGCAAGUGCAUUCCCCCAGAAGGUUGCGGCG